ACUCGUCACCUUCUCCCUAAACCUCAGUACGAGAACUAGAGACAGAGCCGGGUUAAAUUCGCCAGCUACGUCUCGCCGGCCGGAAGACCACCGAAUCGGAGUUUAUUUCUCCCCCGGCUAUAUAAACAGAGGUCAGGCGAGGAGGAGAGAGGAGAUCAGGAGACAGAUAAAGGAGACGUGUGUUUUGGGGUGUGAGGGAGAUGGCGUCCAGAGAUCAGGCCGGGAGUCUCGUGGCAAGCGCAGGGCGAAUCGGGAUGGUGGCCUCGGUCACAAUCAAUCUCGCUGCGCUGGGGCUCUACCUUCGCGGUCGCUUCCUCGGCAACAGGGAGAAGAAGGCGGUGGCAGCUCUCACGUCGACGGGCAAGCCACGAGUUACUCCCGAUUCAUUGGUCAACUUGGAUCACGGCGAUCCGACAAUGUUUGAGGAAUUCUGGCGCGGGGCGAUGGGAGAACAGGCGACGCUGGUGAUCCCGGGAUGGCAGACGAUGAGUUACUUCUCCAACCUAAGCGGCCUGUGCUGGUUCCUGGAGCCCGGGUUGGAGCGGGAGGUGCGCCGCCUCCACCGCCUCGUGGGCAACGCCGCCACCGAGGGCUACCACGUCCUCGUCGGCACAGGCUCCAUGCAGCUAUUCCAGGCCGCCCUCUACGCCCUCUGCUCUCCCGCCCCUGUUGGCUCCGACGGUCCCGUCAGCGUAGUCUCUCCCGCACCGUACUACUCGUCGUACCCAUCGGUGACGGACUUCCUCAACUCCGGGUUGUACCGUUGGGCAGGGGAUGCCAACACGUUCGACGGCGACAACUACAUCGAGCUUGUCUGCUCGCCCAACAACCCUGACGGCGGCAUCCGUGAGUCCAUCCUCAAGUCCGAGUCCGGCAAGGGCAAGGCGAUCCAUGACUUAGCCUACUACUGGCCACAGUACACGCCCAUCACCGGCAUGCUCGCCCAUGACAUCAUGCUCUUCACCGUCUCGAAGUCCACCGGCCACGCCGGCACCAGGAUCGGGUGGGCGUUGGUGAAGGACAGGGAGGUGGCACAGAGGAUGAGCAAGUACAUUGAGCUGAACACCAUUGGCGUCUCCAAGGACUCGCAGCUCCGCGCUGCCAAGAUCAUUGCUGCCGUGGUAGACAGCUACGAGCGCCAACCCUCCGCCGCCACCGGGGAUGCCAGUCUCCUCUUCCACUUUGCACUGCGCCAAAUGACUCGCCGUUGGAAGGCGCUACGCGCCGCUGUAGCGGCCUCCGGCAUCUUCAGCCUGCCCGACGAGGUCGCUGGCUUCUGCACCUUCACCAAGGACACUAUGACCGCCAAUCCACCAUUUGCGUGGCUGCGCUGCGAGAAGGAAGGGGUGGAGGACCUGGAGGGCUUCUUGCGUGAGCACAAGAUCAUAACCCGCAGCGGGACCAAGUUUGGAGCUGAUAGGAAAGUGGUCAGGAUCAGCAUGGUCGACACCGACGAAGCCUUCAACGUGUUCAUCGAUCGCCUUGCAACCAUGCAGUGAGCGGGCAGAAGGUCACCAAAAACCAUAACAAUAUGAGGCCCGUUGGUUUAAUUGGAUUCUCUUAUAUAUGCUAGCGUGACUUUUUGUCGUCCCGUUGUUGUUGUUAUGACUGUUUUCCGUGGAUCAUAUAUACUGAAAUUGAGCUUGUCAUA